UUACAGAAGUUGGUAUUGCAGCAACAAGUAAUCGUUUUAGUUUUGUGUUCUUUGCUGUCUGCUUGUCCUGACGCACCGAUUCACUGCAUUUUCCAGCAGAGAUCACAGGCUGGGAGGAUGACAGCUCGAAUGUAUUUCUCGUUGAUUGCUGUUUUUUUCUGUCUGUUUGGAUACUUCAGCAUAGCUCGCGCUAUUCAAAGACGAACCACAGUGAAGCCAGGUCAAUGUCCCAUACCGGAGAUGAUCCCACUCUGUGCUGAUAGCUGUUUCAAUGAUGGCCAGUGUCCUGCCACACAGAAAUGUUGCCCAACCACCGGUGGCUUUGCAUGCAGUGAACCGCGUGGCCAGGGAAGAGGUCAGGCAACUUGCCAUGGAAACGGUUCUGGCCAGGGAAGCGGCUAUGGCCAGGGCGCGGGGCGCGGGACGGGCGCGGGACAGGGAAGCGGCUAUGGCCAGGGUGCGGGACAGGGCGCAGGACAGGGAAGCGGCUAUGGCCAGGGCGCAGGUCAGGGAAGCGGCUUUGGCCAGGGUGCAGGACAGGGUGCUGGCCAGGGAAGCGGCUAUGGAGCCGGACAGGGAGCUGGCCAGGGCGCUGGAGCAGGACAGGGAAGCGGCUAUGGCCAGGGCGCUGGAGCAGGACAGGGAAGCGGCGCUGGAGCAGGACAGGGAAGCGGCGCUGGAGCAGGACAGGGAAGCGGCGCUGGAGCAGGACAGGGAAGCGGCUAUGGCCAGGGCGCUGGAGCAGGACAGGGAAGCGGCUAUGGCCAGGGCGCUGGAGCAGGACAGGGAAGCGGCUAUGGCCAGGGCGCAGGAGCAGGACAGGGAAGCGGCGCUGGAGCAGGAGCAGGACAGGGAAGCGGCGCUGGAGCAGGAGCAGGACAGGGAAGCGGCGCUGGAGCAGGAGCAGGACAGGGAAGCGGCGCUGGAGCAGGACAGGGA